ACAAUCUGCGGUCUGGUGUUGUCCUUUGUUGAAAUUAUAAUGCGUCUAAGCAUAACAUUCGGGUAAUGGCUGUCAAAACAGUUGGUACGUUCAUAUGAACCAAAUGCCGACAAAUCGUUACAGGCUUUGCUAUGGAAAACCAUCAUCGAAGAAGAGUUUACCCAAAAAUCGAUAAAAAUAUUGCCGGCCUGUAUGACAUCGAGAGAACUUUAGGCUCUGGACAUUUCGCUGUCGUGAAGCUUGCUCGACAUGUGUUUACCGGCGAAAAAGUGGCCGUUAAAGUUAUUGAUAAAUCAAAAUUGGAUGAAGUUUCACGGGCACAUCUUUAUCAAGAGGUACGAUGCAUGAAGCUAGUGCAACAUCCGAAUGUUGUUAGGUUGUAUGAAGUUGUUGACACGCCGACAAAAUUAUAUUUGAUUCUUGAGUUCGGUGACGGUGGAGACAUGUAUGAUCAUAUCAUGAAACACGAAGGAAAAGGGAUCAAUGAGGAGAAGGCAAAACAUUAUUUCCGACAAAUUGUUUCAGCAAUCGAUUACUGUCACAAGCUUCAUGUUGUCCACCGAGAUUUAAAGCCUGAGAACGUUAUAUUCUUUGAGUCUCAGGAUGUUGCAAAAUUAACGGAUUUCGGGUUUUCAAAUAGCUUUCUGCCGGGUGAGAAGUUAUCUACAUCCUGUGGAUCACUGGCCUAUUCUGCCCCUGAAAUUCUUCUUGGGGACUCAUAUGAACCACCGGCUGUUGAUGUCUGGAGCUUGGGUGUUAUAUUGUAUAUGAUGGUGUGUGGAGAAGGACCAUUCAGUCAUGCCAAUGACAGUGAAACGCUUACUAAGAUCAUGGAUUGCAGUUACUACGUCCCAGAUCAUUUAUCUUCAGAAUGUAAAAGUCUGAUAUCGCGAAUGCUGGUACGUGAGCCUUCAAAACGAGCCAGUUUAGAGAGUAUCUACCAUGAUCCUUGGCUGCAAUCAUCUUUGGAAGAAGAAGAGACACCAGAACCUUUAAUAUCAGAACUCCAUGUUACCCCAGACUUGCACCUCAGUGUACUGCAAAAAAUGGAGGCCGGUCAAAUUGCCAAAAGAGAAGAAAUCAAAAGGUCGCUUGAAGGCAACAAGUAUGAUCAUAUAACUGCAACGUACUUUCUAAUUGCCGAAAAAUUAUUGAGAAAAAGCUAUGGGUCUACCGCUUUUCACCUGAAGCUUGAAGACAGGCGGUCAUUUCCUUACGAAGAGACGCGAUCUCAAAGUGACCCGAAUCUUCUUGAUGUGGAGCUUGAAGAUCAGAACACAGGCACCAGUUCCCCGGAACUGCGACAUCGUCCCUUGGAUUCGAACUCUCCGAACAAUGCACACCAAAGGAAGAACUCUAUGCCGAGAAGUUUCGAUGAUAUGUCAGACGUAAUUCCGCCUGAUGCUGGCAUUAACGAAGGUAAUGUUACCUAUACGACCGAACUUGCCCCUCGUUCACUAAAUAUUGCUCCUCGUUCACAUCGUCUCACAUAUCCAACUAGUAUGAUGAAAACGACUUCAAGUUCACCAAAUUUGCUCAAUGAAAUAUCGGAAGAAAACGAAUCGGAUUUUGAAGAAAGUCCACGAAAUUCCCCGAAAAACUUUCGUCGGCAUCCAAGAAGGCAACGGAAGUACGAAAAUAAACGACCAGGUUGUCGUUUAUCUCCUAUUCACAGCCGUCGCUCUAGCUGUAGCAGCUCUGACGACGAGGAAUUCCAGAAACUGGAUCGUCGUCUUAACAUUCAGGCAGCCAUUAGUGCUGCAAGAACCUUGCCUAAUGUUCCUGAAAACGGUGGAGGAAAAAGUGAAUCUUCGAGUCAAAAUGGUUGUCACAAAGCUAGGGAAAGUGCGUCGAUUUUGCUGGCAAAGUUUUUUGAAGGAGAAAAAGAGAACGAUGCUAACCUCAUGAAUUUACUUGAUGUGCCUAGCAAGCUUUUCGUAACAAGCGUGAGCGGUCGUGUGCGAAAUCUGAGUGACACAAACUUAGUUUCGUAUCAGGCGAGGUACCGUUUGCCUUUACUCAAAAAUAUGAAAUGUUCCAGUGAUACCAACCUUGCCAUUCUCCUGAGCAGCAAGAAAGCAUCAAGUCAACAGAAUCUAGACCCUCUGAAGUUAAACCUAAAGCAUCUCGCAUUCGGCAUAUGCAAUUCUCCAGCCCUUUCCUCCGCAAGUCCCAUAGAAGAAGAAAACCCAGCAGAUAUAUCCCCUGAGGCCAGCCCAACUAUUGAGGCAAAACGCCAUUGCGCUGCUGACGUAACAAGCAGCCGCGAUUCAAGUAUCAAUUAUGAAAAAGCUGAGAAUGAAAUAAACCAAUCUCAGAGAAAAUCACUUGACACCAAUUUGCAAUCAAAUUCAGCGUCAACAAACGAAUCCGAGAUGUUGCCUUCAAGAGACUCUGUUUCUUCAAAUAAUUCUAAGGGACCACCUAGCAUUUCAAGCCCAACUAUAGAACGCAAGAUAAGUUCAUCGCAAAGGGUCCAUCGGCAAAUUGAUUCGGAAGAGUUCAGCUCUAUCCAGGAAUCAGAAGAGAGCAAUUCUUUGCAAGUAAAUUCAAACGGAGCAAGAGAUGGCAUCCAGUCGAGAUGUGGGAGCAGAAGUAGCUUGAAGUAUCUGUAUAAUGAGAUGACGAAUGCAGACGGUAACAGCUGCUAUACGAUUGAGGAGACUCAAGCUUUAGUUCCUAAAAAAUCAUUCAAAAACAGGCCCGAUAACUCUCGCGUACACUCAACAGGGUCCAGCCCACAUACUUAUUCAAUCGGUAGAGUUGGUCGCAUGGUGAUUAGUGACCCAGUGAACAGUAAAUGUUGUACAAUUAUUUGAUAAUUGUCAAAUUGCUUAACUCAUUUCUUAAUAGCUAAGACUGUAAAAUAAAGUUUAUUGUAUUUAAAAUUCACUUUUAAAGACGAAAAUUUGGAUUUUAAUGCAAGCAGACUCAGCUUAUUGUGCAUAAGUGAGACUCUCCGUCUUUUGUAUUUUAAUGAGUAUUUGGGGGUAAUUAGUUGAGUUUUGAAUUCUUCUAAUCUUUGAGAAUUUUAGCGUUAUAACAAGAAAAUCCCAAACUUUUACGACGCUUGAUCGAUAUUCUAAGAGUUAUCCUCUAAUUUUUAGCACAUUCUUAUAACUUUAAUUUAGAUCAAAUAUGCUGUUAAAACUUAGCGAAAGCAAACAAAUCAUUCUUUUUAAACGAAAUAUCGUAAUGUGUCCUUUCGUACGUAACACAUUUAAAUCAGAUCAGCGAACAGGGCAUUUAAUAAAAUUUUGCUAUUCGUAAAAAGAUAAGCAUGAAACGCUUUGUGGAGUGGCUAGAAAUGUAACCCAUUUUCUUAUAUUCUUCUAUUUUUAUUAGUACAGGCUAUACCGCAAAUCCUUUAAAAUUUGAGACGAUUUUUGGUUGGCAUUUUUAUCGAGAGGGGGUGGUCUUCGAAAAACGAAACAG